ACAUUCUUCCAUGAGCUGACUAACCGCAUUUUUGCUUGUAACAAUUUUGAGCUCAAAUGAUAGGCAAAGCGAAAUACCAAGGAAGCUGUUGUCUUUUCUAUAUUCCACCGGCCUGCACCUACUGGUGUGAGGCUAUUAUUAAUUCGCAUUCCGACCUGAGAAAGACAGCAAUUCACAGUACAUCAUCUAGUCUGCCGGAAACGCACAAGACGACGAAGAAGACAGCAGAUAGUCUGCUGGAAACUCACAGGAAGAAAAAUAAGUCAACGGAAGUGAAGUGACCAAGAACAAUUUCCACGUUAACGUUUUUAUUUAGACGUUUAUUAAAACCCUGGAACUUAAAAUGACUAAUUUAACUGCACAUCAUCAUAUACUUACCGCAUGUAAUGUCUAAUUCGGGUUAAGGACUUGGUUGAUAGAUGUUAUCUAGGUAAUGCUAGCUAACUGCUAACAAUGGCUAACUGUAUGGUUUUUCACACUCAAAUAGCCUCCAUCAUGGAGGUGCUAGCAAAUGCUGCGGUGGCAGAGAUCUGUAAACUAGUAGACGAUGACUAUGCAGUGUUUCGUUUGGAAAUAACUCAAAGCCAGAAAGAAAACAGGGCAUUGCGGAGGAAACUACUGGAACUGAAGGUGGCACGGGAGUGCGCAGAGAGAACAACACGAGAGCGCGUCCUCGCCAGUAGUGUCAAGAUCCUCGACCGAUACAGAGGAAUGGCAAGAGGUGAAGAACAUGUCACUGGAGGACACAGGAUCUUUGUGAAGCCAGUGGGACAUAAUACACUGAGAGAUGAUAAACCAAUCACUGUUGAUGAGGGGAGUGGAACCUCAACCCAGCACAUUAUCAUGAUAGAGUCUGCAGAGGUUGCAGGUCUUGGAAUCAAGCACGAGAUGUCUGAAGGAGAGGAGGACCCACUGCACAGCAAAGAAAUCCAGACUGUAGAGACUGGACCACCCCUUGUAGCUACGGAGGACCCCACCACCACCCCAGCACAGCCCAGGAUCAGAAGCAGCAUCACGGAAGUCAGUGGAAGGCCAGAUGCCGUCCUCAAGUCAGAGACAGACACCAAGACUUUAACUGUAACACAAAGGCAUUUACACAGAGAGAGACAGGGGCUGGGGAGGCUGGGCUGUCCUCCUGCUCCCAGCUCAGAGUAUUUACUUUACGAUAACCCGAGCCCGGUUCAUUCCCAUCGAGACUCAGGUGACGAGACUGGCAAUGAACCAUCUUGUUCUUACACUACAGAGAUGGACCCUGGCACGCCCUUGGGUUUAGAGACACAAACUGGUCCAUCUAGAGGUGAUUGGAACCGGUACAGUGGUAGUGUAUACUCUGAAGGGUGCCUAGAUAAGAAAGGGGAGGGUCUGAUCGUAGAUGAUGUGAAAGUGGAGGGCGAUGUUCCUCCCACAUGGAAUGCAGAUAGUCACCUUGGAGACGGACACUCACAAGGCAGAGAUUUCUUAGACAGCAGGGAAAGCUUAAAGACAAAUCUAAAUGUCGCAACCCACUCCCCUUUACAGGCGUUCAGGGAUCGCAACCCAGUGUCCACGUCGAUGGGGCCUUCUGAUUCACGCGGCCGCGUUCUUUUCGAUCAGGUAUUGAACUCAAACGACCGGGCUAGAGCCCAGGCUCAGGGAGGGGGAGCUACAUCAGGCAAUAGUAAAGAGAAAAGGUUCCUCUGCAUGUUUUGUAGCAAAGGCUUCAGUUGCUCCCAAAAGGUGGAGAUCCACCAGAGGGUCCACACAGGGGAGAAACCCUUCAGCUGCCCCCAGUGUCACUUGCGCUUCGCAGAGGCUGGCAACCUGAAGAGGCACCAGAGGGUCCACACAGGGGUGAAACCCUUCAGCUGUACCCAGUGUCACAUGCCCUUCGCCCAGGCUGGCAGCCUGAAGAGACACCAGAGGGUUCACACAGGGGAGAAACCCUUUAGCUGCUCUCAGUGUGAGAAGAGGUUCUCACGCCAGCACCAGCUUAAGAUCCACCUGAAGGUCCACACAGGAGAGAGACCAUUUACCUGUACUCACUGCGGAAAGAGGUUCUCAGAGAGGAGCUGCCUCAGGAUACACCAGCAGAAAAACCAUUCCACUCUAUAACAUAGGAAGUAACCAUUCCACCCAAUAUCUGAUGUUUAGAUUUCAGCGUUUAAUAUUCCUGGGUAGAAUAUUGCAUCCAGACAUGGUGUAAAAUAAAGGCAUAUAUAUACAGUCCCUUCAGAAAGUAUUCACACCCCUUGGCUUUUUCCACAUUUUGUUGAUACAAAGUGGAAUUAAAAUGGAUUUAAUUGUCAAUGAUCUACACAAAAUUGAAUUUCUUACAUUUGUUUAAAAAAAUAAAAAUAACUAUCUUUAUUAGCUUAGUAUUCAACCCUCCGAGUCAAUACAUGUUAGAAUCACCUUUGGCAGCGUAAUCGCUGUAAGCCCUUUCCACACCUGGUUUGUGCAACGUGUGGCGAUUUUAUUAUUCUCAAAAUUCGUCAAGCUCUGUCAAAUUGGUUGUUGAUCAUUGCUCGACAACAAUUUCAGGUCCUUCGCUCCAUUCUGUUAUUUUUUUUUUAUCCUGAUAAACUCCCCAGUCCUUAACGAUUACAAGCAGACAUAAGCCUAGGAAGAGUAGUGUGAAUAUUGUAUAUCUUUUUAAAAAUGAUUUUGAUUGUUUCUUUUUGCAUUUUUAUAUUUUUGUUUUGGCUGCUCUAGGGUUUGAUCACUAUAUCCUGUAGUUUUGACUCUUAAAGUUGCAGGAUCGUAAAUGAAGUAUUUUGGCUUGAUAGCUUGCUGGCUGUUUGUUUAAUCUGUUUGGAAAUAUUACAACAAGGACUGCAUGCUGUGUCCAGAGGUAACAGAGAAAGUUCCAGUUAAAGCUCCUAACCAAGGGGUUGAAUACUUAGUGGCAAGAAAAAGUUUGUUAACCCUUUGGAAAUACCUGAAUUCCUGCAUAAAUUGGUCAUAAAAUUUGAUCUGAUCUUCAUCUAGGCCACAACAAUAGACAAAUGGUCUGCUUAAACUAAUAACACACAAACAAUGAUACGUUUUCAUGUCUUUGAGCACAAUGUAAACAUUCACAGUGCAGGGUGGGAAAAGUGAAGCCUUGGAUUUAAUAACUGGUUGACCAUCCUUUGGCAGUUUUCUGUAGUUGCGGAUCAGACCUGCACAACGGUCAGAAGGAAUUUUUCACCAUUCCUCUUUACAAAACUGUUUCAGUUCAGCAAUAUUCUUGCGAUGUCUGGUGUGAACUGCUCUCUUGAGGUCAUGACACAGCAUCUCAAUCGGGUUGAGGUCAGGACUCAGGUCAGUCAUAUUUUCAUCUGUUGAAGCAAUUCUGUUGUUGAUUUACUUCUGUGUUUUGGGUCGCUGUCCUGUUGCAUCACCCAACUUCUGUUGAACUUCAAUUGGCAGACAGCCUAACAUUCUCCGACAAAAUGUAUUGAUAAACUUGGGAAUUCAUUUUUCCAUUGAUGAUAGCAAGCUAUCCAGGACCUGAGGCAGCCCCAAACCAUGAUGAUCCCUCCACCAUACUUUACAGUUGGGAUGAGGUUUUGAUGUUGGUGUGCUGUGUGUUACUUCCAAACAACUCAACUGUAGUUUCAUCUGUCCACAGAAUAUUUUGUCAGUAGCGCUGUGGAACAUCCAGAUGCACUUUUGCAAACUUCAGACGUGCAGCAGUUUUUUUUGGACAGCAGGGACUUCUUAUGUGGUGUCCUCCCAUGAACACAAUUCUUGUUUAGUAUUUUACUUAUCGUAGACUAGUCAAUAGAGAUGUUCCAGAGAUUUCUGUAAGUCUUUAGCUGACACUAGGAUUCUUAACCUCGUUGAGCAUUCUGCUCUGUGCUCUUGCAGUCAUCUCUGUAGGACGGUCACUCCUAGGGAGAGUAGCAACAAUGCUGAACUUUCUCAAUUUAUAGACAAUAUUUCUUACCAUGGACUAAUGAACAUCAAGGCUUUUAGAGAUACUUUUGUAUCCCUUUCCAGCUUUAUGCAAGUCAACAUUUCUUAAUCUUAAACAAAAGAGAUCUCAGAAGACUUAAGGUAUGGUUCACAUCAGGCAAUGCUUCUUGUGAAUAGUAAACUACAUUUUUUUGGAUUUUUUUUUAGGGUAGAGCAGCUCUCACCAACAUCUCCUUGAUUUGACUCCAGGUUGGCGGACUCCUGACUCCAAUUAGCUUUCGGAGGAGUCAUUAGCCUAGGGGUUCACAUACUUUUUCCAACCUACACUGAACGUUUAAAUCUUGUAUUCAAUAGACACAAAAAAUACAAUAAUUUGUGUUAUUAGUUUAAGCACACUGUUUAUUGUUGUGACUUAGAUGAAGAACAGAACAUUUGAUGACCAGUUUAUUCAGAAAUCCAGGUAAUUCCAAAGGGUUCACAUACCUUUUUCUUACCACUGUAGCAGAGAAAGUUCAGGGAGUGCACCUAACCACUGCCAAGAUGUGGCUUUUCAGCAGCGGUGGCAUCACCCAGGUGGGUGCUACAUUCCUGUCAAUGGAGGACCAGGACCAGUACCAGAGAAGCAGCUCCAAUGGAGUGACUGACCAUUCAGAGAAGCAGGUGCGGUGGCCUGUUUUCUUUCAGACUGUCUUUGUUUCACCUUGGCUGUUCCCUCUACUGAACCUCCACUGCCUUUCCACUGACCCUAAAGUCCAAACUGCCUCAACUUCAUCUCAAGCUGCCUGAAUCUUUCAAUCUCGAUCAUUUACAUUUGUUUGACUAUUUAUACGCUUUGAGUCUUUGAAAAGCACUAUACUAGUUCAAAAAUGUAUUCAUAUCUGUAACCCAAGUAUUCAUAGUAGGUUGGGUCUACAUGUUAAUGUUCUUAAAUUGUUUGAGCCAUUUAAUUAAGAGGACCACAAUGGAAAUACGUUUUCAAACUUGUCAUCCUCGAUUACUUUAAAAUGCGUUAUCCAGAUGCGUGGUUGAAUGGAUUUAAAUGUUCAAAUAAAUCUAACAUGAUGCAGCCACCACUAUGCUUGAAAAGAUGGAGAGUAGUACUCACUGUGUUGUAUUUGCCCCAAACAUAACUGUAUUCAGGAAAAAGUGAAUUGCUUUGCCACAUUUUUUUGCAGUAUUACUGUAGUGCCUUGUUGCAAACGGGAUGCAUGUUUUUUGGUCUGUACAGGCUCUCUUUUCACUGUGCCAAUUAGGUUAGUAUUGUGGUGUAAUUACAAUGUUGAUCCAUCCUCCGUUUACUAUCACAGCCAUUAAACUCGAACUCUUUUAAAGUCACCAUUGGCCUCGUGAAAUCCCUGAGCGGCUUCCUUCCUCUCCGGCAACUGAGUUAGGAAAGAUGCCUGUAUCUUUGUAGUGAAUGGACGUAUUGAUACACCAUCCAAUGUAUAUACUGUAUUUUAUACCAUCCAUUGCAUCUUGCCUAUGCCGCUCGGUCAUCGCUCAUCCAUAUAUUUAUAUACCACCCCUUAGAUGUGUGUAUUAGAUAGAUGUGGAAUUGUUAGGUGUUACUGCACUGUCGGGACUAGAAGCACAAGCAUUUCGCUACACUCAAUAACAUCUGCUAACCAUGUGUAUGUGACCAAUAAAAUUUGAUUUGAAGUGUAAUGAAUAACUUCACCAUGCCCAAAGGGAUAUUCAAUAUUUGCUUUUUUAAAUGAUUGAAAUUUAAUUUGACAUCUACCAAUCGGUGCCCUUCUUCGUAAGGCAUUCGAAAACCUCCCUGGUCUUUAUGGUUGAAUCUGUGUUUGAAAGUCACUGCUUAACUGAGAGACAUUACAGAUAAUUGUAUGUGGGGGUACAGAGAUGAGGUACCCCACAUACAUUACAGAUAAUUGUCUCAGUUCAAAAGCCAUGUUGAACACUUAUUACACACGGAGUGAGUCCAUGCAACUUAAGCACAUUUUUACUCCUGAACUUAUUUAGACUUGACAUAACAAAGGGGUUGAAUACUUAUUGACUCAGGACACUUCACCUUUUUAGAUUCUAAUGAAUGUGUUAGUGUGUAGGCCAGUGACAAAAAUAUAUAUACAAUUUAGUCCAUUUUAAAUUCAGGCUGUAACACAACAAAAUGUGGAAAAAGUCAAGGUGUGAAUACUUUCAGAAGACACUGUAAGCCUAAAAAAAGUUUACAUUUAUCUACAUCUAAAGCAAUGUCAUCUAAUUAAGCAAGAAAAAAACGAAUGAAUAGUGGACUCAGUGAUAUGUUUGAAAUGUAAGUUUAUUUAUUGUUGAAAUCGUUUUAAUUCUCUUAUGUUCUAAGAUCAACCGCAAUGACAAGUGUCAUUCGUUCACAAUAGUUGUAUCCAAUACAGAAAUACAAAUAUUUAAUGAACUGGGUACCCAAUAAAAAAUAACAUUUGAGCGCACUCAAUUAUCUCAGUUCCUACCAGAGAUGAGACGAUGAUGAUUGUGGCGGCUGCAGAUCAGGGGUAUUCUACCUUAACCCUACGAGGUCUGGCAUGUGCUGGUUUUGUUCUACCUGAUAAUUAAUUGGACCCACGUCUAAAUCAGUAUCUGAUUAGAGGGGAACAAUAAAAACAAGCAAGUGGAACUGGCUUCGCGGUCCAAAAGCCAGUUAGCACAGAAUAUAUGUUCAGGCUCUAGGGGUUGCCAACAAAGUCCAAAUCCAUCAAAUUAUUGUAAAGAAUUUAGGGACUGUCUUUUUUUUGUGAAAACGUUGUCUAAAAUAGCAUGGCCUACAUAUACAGUAAGUGUGAUGCACGUGACAUUAUGGGAACUUCGAGAGAAAAAACAAACACAUUAUAUCGGAGUUGUCUCUUAAAAUUGGAGACGGUCUAUUCAUGAGGCUAGCAUAACAUCUCACUCUCUUUUGUAUUGAAUCUAGGCGGUUAACGUGAGAUUCAACUCUUACCCUACGAGGUCUGGAGGGGUAUCCCGAUCUCUAGGCCUAAACGGCAUUCUCCUUUUGUAGGCUACCAUGACGAUUCCACGUGGGCAAAAACAUUGCAGCCUAAAUGUAAUUAUACUCUGUUAAUUAUAUGAUUCAAAUUACGAUGAAAAGACAGGAAUUUCACUAACAUUCAUAACUGAAUGUUUAUGAUGCAAAUCAAAUAGGCGAAACUUUGUGCAAACUCGACAGUUGUCCAUUUUGCGCGCCUCUUAUCCCCGCGACCCAGUAUUUUACCCCUUAUGCAUGAUAUUAGGGCUAUAUACGGCCAGU